AACGCGGAUGCAAGGCAGGGAACCGCACGGGAAGUGCAUGGAAAGCCCGAGUGCAUUCGCGAGAUGGGUCCCGUGUGUUUGUGCGUUGCAGUGCUCCUCGUCGUCGCCGCCGCAGCUUCCGCAUCCCAGAAUGCCCAUUCAGAAAAAACAGCGUCAAAUGAAGUCCCAGAAGAUGAUGGAGAGUCCCAGAAAUUCACUUUCCAUGAAAGUCAAAUCUCAACGGCAACCAACACUGAAAAGGAAGUUGUGGCGUACAAGAAUACUGAAGAGCUUACUUGCUACAUUGAAAAAAUUCAAGAGCACCGUGCGCAAAGGAUGAAUGAUGCUACGCUUUUUGCCUCCACGUUGCAAAUUUCUCAAAAAAAGGCGAGACAGCUAUGGGGCCCCAAAAUCGUUGAAUUUUGCGACGGGAUGCAAAUCAAGCUUCUCCACUCCAGACCGCCAGUGCCCAACUCACCGAGCCAUCACCUCCUAUCCUCCAGCCAUCAGUCGAGGAUUCAACCCGACGAUCCAAUAUUACGGAAGCAGCGUUCUCUAACUAGCUCCGGCGAGGUUCUGAUUCUCAACGAGGAUAGUGUGGACGCUGCCUCGGUCCAUUCCGAGACGAAGAGCCGUAUCAAACGGAGGACUAAACGGGAAACGGACCGGAAGUCGCGGUACAGAGGCCAAGUACAGACCCAGUUCAUAGCUUUUGGCGGGGGCAAAGAUGGCACAAAUAGCGGAACUGCUGAAGCGAUCGCUCAGCCAGAUAUGUCAAGAGCUACUGUCAGCGGUACUCAAGGUAUGGGUCAGGCGCAGAGUCAAUCUGCCUCCGGCGAUGACUGUGAUUAUUGCAAUUCACCCACAGAUCAGAGAGGGGGAAGGGGAAGCGUCAAACCAGGCACAAAUCUGAACGACGGUCGAGCUGGGGUAUCUGAUUCUAGUAAGCAAUCGGGAACUCCCGGCGUACAUCAUGGAAUACCAGACCAAACACCUGAUUAUCCUGGAGCUCAGACGGCACGGCCGGGACAAAUUGGAUCUCCAGGAACUGUUGGAGCGCCUCUCCAGAUUCCAGGAUAUCCAAGUGGUCUACCCGGCGGUCCUGGUGGCUCUGGAUACCCUGGUGGUUCGGCUACAAUUCCAGGACAAACUGGAGGUGUAGGAGGUGUUGGGACCACUACUCAGAUAACUGGAUAUCCUGGUGGUCCGGGUGAAGCUCCUGGUCGUCAAACAUCGUUUCCAGGACAAGUAACAGUUCCAGGGAGUAUUGGGACGUCUCCACAGAUUACUGGAUAUCCCGGUGGUCAAACGAUACUACCCGGGCAAGGUGCAAUUCCAGGGAGUGUUGGGACGUCUCCACAGAUUACUGGGUAUCCUGGUGGUCAAACGAUACUUCCCGGGCAAGGUGCAAUCCCAGGGAGUGUUGGGACGUCUCCGCAAAUUACUAGGUACCCUGGUGGUCCGGCUGGCACUCCGGGUGGUCAAACAAUACUUCCCGGGCAAGGUGCAGUUCCAGGGAGUGUUGGAACGUCUCCGCAGAUUACUGGGUAUCCUGGUGGUCCGGUUGGCACUCCUGGUGGUCAAACAAUACUUCCUGGGCAAGGUGUAAUUCCAGGUACUGUUGGGACGUCUCCGCAAAUUCCUGGAUACCCAAGUGGUUCAACUGGAGCAUCUGGUGGUCAAAUAUUACUUCCGGGACAAGUCGGAGUUCCAAGUGGCGUUGGGACGAGUCCUCAGAUUACUGGAUAUCCUGGAGGUCAAUUUUCACAACCCGGACAAGUUGGAAUUCCUGGAGGAGGAACCAGAUAUCCCGGUGUUCCGAGUUUUGUCCCAGGUUUUAGUCAAGGAACGAAAUCUAUUCAGCCUGGAACUUUCACCGGGGGCCCCUCUAUUCCAGGGCAAAUAGGCUAUCCUGGUGGAGGGGCACAAGACCCGGGUCAAACCCAAUAUCCAAGUGGCUCCGUGAGAACGCCAGAUCAGGAUAUUUAUUCUCAGGGUCAAACUGGCUAUACUGGCGGGCAGAUUGGAGGUAGCUAUCCUUCCAGCCAAGGUGGCUUCCCCGGGACCCAGUCACAAUCUCUGCAACCCGAUGGAAAGGGACGUUUUCUGGGAGUGGUCGGAUAUCCGAGUGGCCAAGGAGUUUCUUACCCGGACGAUGGACAAAGAGGGUAUACAACUGGGCAAGGCACAUCAUUGGGAGGUUUACAUACUCCCGGUCAGUCCUCGUAUCCAGGAGGUGGAACUUUCCCUUCGAUCGGAUAUCCCUCAAGCCAAAGAGGUUUUCCAGAAUAUUCAGGUGUAGGUACCGUACCUGGAGGUUAUCCUCCUAGCCAGACUGGUACACAAGUACAGACAGGCUACCCAGGAUCUUUAGUGACAGUGCCCGGCCAAGCAGGGCUCCCAGGUAUCCCUUCGGGUGCAACAGGACAAAUUUUGCCGGGAGCUGAGAGAGAUCUCCACGGCCAAGUGGGUUAUCCAAGCGGUCAAGCAGGCUAUCCAAGUCAGCUUUCAGGUCCCCAAUUUGGUGUGCAUCCAGGAUAUACUUCAACAGGCAGUGGGCCGGUCGGAUAUCCAGGACAACAAAUAGGAAUAGUGAAUCAAUUCAAUCCUUCUCAACAAACCUGGAUUAGUCAAGGGGGAUCGGGCCCUUCUCAGUACCCGCAUCAAAUUAUUCCCGGCCAAGAUUCUGGUAUCUCAGCGCCACUGCCAGGUUUUAGACCAGGACAGGGAGGAUAUGAUACCACAGGAAUAGGACCGACUGGACCCUCACGCCCUGGACAGACCUCACUGUUUCCAGGACUGGAUGGGCAAGUGCCAGGACAAACGCGUGCUACUUCAGGCCAAGGCUUAUUACCAAGUCCGACGGGAUAUGCUCCGGGAAGAGUUGAUUCUUUCCCAGGCCAAGGAGGAUACCAUCCCGGACAAAUUGGCAGCGUACCCGGACUGGUGGUCACACCAAGCUCAGGUGGACUCGUUCCGGGACUAACAGGUUUCCCAUCUGGACAAACAGGUUAUCCAUCAGGACAAACAGGUUUCCCAUCAGGACAAGGAGGAAUCUUACCAGGACAAACAGGUAUCCUACCAGGACAAACAGGUAUCCUACCAGGACAAACGGGUAUCCUACCAGGACAAGCAGGCUAUGUUCCAAGUCAGCAGGGUUACGGAGGUGGACAAAUUGGAACGGUUGGAAGCACAGGCGUGACCUCGGGAGUUGCAGGUUAUCAGCCAGGACAAAAUAUUUCACCGACAGGGCAAGGUAGCUUCAUACCAGGAUCAAGUGGUUCUGCGGCUGCUAUUCCAGGUUUUGCUCCUGGACAGGCUGGAUCAACAGUUUCAACAACAGGGCAAUCUAGUGUACUAGGUCAAGCAGGCCAGUAUCCAGGGCAAGCUGGACUUCAUCCUGGACAGACUGGCUACACUCUCGGGCAAAUCGGCGGCCCUGUGCAGCCCGGAGGUGUUAUUCCAGGAUACUCACCGACUCAAACUGGUUCCAUUCCAGGCCAGACGAGCGUUAUCCCUGGACAAGGUUACGCACCAGGUGUUGGACCUCCCGGACAAAGUGGUUUCAUACCUGGACAAACAAACUACACACCUCCACAAGGUGGAUCUUCUCCAGGACAGCCGAUAUUCAUCCCAGGCCAAUCAGGUUUCACACCACGACAAGACGGGCCGUAUCCAGGGCAGACUGUUUUUCAUCCAGGUCAGUCAAGUCUCUCGCCCGGACAGGCUGGAUACGAUGGUUCUGUGCCAGGUAAAUCCAUCUAUGCUCCAGGUCAACCAGGCACAAUACCAGCUACCGGCCCUACAGGAAGUGGUGGCUACAUGCCUGUUCAAUCUCCAGGCCAGCCAGGAUACCUACCGGGUCAGACUUCGUUUCUUCCGGGUCAAGUCACGUCUUCAGGUGUUUCUCCAGGACAACCAGGGCUGCCAAGUCAAGGGACCAUAUCCACCGGACAGGUCGGAUCGUCGGACGUCACUUCAAAUCAGGGAGGUUAUCUGUCGGGAGGUCCCCUUAGACCUGGCACAGCCCAACCAGGAUAUUCUCCGGGACAACCAGCCAUUCCUGGUAUUCCUGGAGGCAGCGCUCCACCUGCAGUUACCGGGGGGUCGGAGUCUGCAAGCAUACCUGGAACUACAUCUACAGGUCCCGCGAUCCUUCAGAAUGGGACAGUUGUUUAUCCAAAUGGAACUGUCAUUCAUGGUCCUGGUACGAACGUAGGUACCUCCGAAGACAGGAUUGAUUAUCGGCACGAGAAUGUCACGGGAGAUGCUCAGGCUGAGACAAGCGUUUUCGUCGAAGGUAACAAUACCAAAGCUUUGGCUUCGUCUCAAGGGAAGGUAAGGAAUGAAGUGGCUCAGGCUCAAGUAUCCGGAUCAUACGCCGGGACCGGAGCUUUUUCGGCACAAGCUCAAACCGGCGACGAUUUGAAACGAGCCAAUAGCCAAAUUACCGGUGGAGCAAACGGAACUACGAGCUUAGCACAAGGCACAGCCGGGAAGGGGCAAACACAAUCCCAAGUUACCGUCAACGGUGAAACAGGUGCCACUUUGGCGGAGACUCAGAGCAGCGGGUUCAACUAUGGUACAAAUACUCAAGUUCAAGCAGGUAUUCGAGGUGGGAUGGCUGAUGCUCAGGCCAAAGGACAAGGCAGCACGUCUAGUCAGGCUCAAAUCGGAUUCUCACCGUAUCAGAAUAGCUCGGCGACCAACAAUCAAACAUCACCAUUUAAAGGAGGUGGUGCAGCGUCCUCUCAAACAAAUAAACACUCAGGGCAAUCUCAAACCCAAAUUCAAGGCUCGUUCAAGUUCGGAAUUUCCUAUACCGGUGCAGCUCAAGCAGGCACAGGGCCUUCAGCUAAUAACUUGAAACCUAUUCCGUUCAAUGCAAGCUACGUGGUGCCUGAAAUCUCAGCGACGCCAACGCCUCAGAGCAUCUCGAGUCCACCCAUCGAUUCGAACGCUCAAGAGUCAAGUCACGAUAAAUUCCAAACGAUUGUAAAACCGAACGUGACGGAAAUUGACGUUAACCAGCUAGAACCGGUUGAAAGUUCAACCCGCUCUUCUGUGCAGCCCUUAAAACCUGUCACCCCAAAACCUUCGCAACCUACAACGGAGGCCCCAUCUAAAUCCACUAAAACUAAAUUAUUUAUCCCUCCGUCCAAAAUACCCCUGGGCAAAGAGGCCGACGAUGAAUACUCUGAAGAAAAAGAGGACGUAUAUGACGAAGAAAUUGAUGAUAUCGAUAAUGACUUGGGAGAUGAGGCCGAUUUCCGUCUACUGAAAGGUGCGACCAAGAGCGAAGAGUUUAAAAACAGGAGCUCGUUGCUGCCCGGUCCUACAUCUCGUCCGAAUUCCACCCAAACUCAGACUCAGUCACAAAACGUCGUACUUACAUUAAACGGAAAUCAUGAUACACAUAUCAUAAGGGCAUCCGACGAUGGGAAGAAUGAAAGGUCUCAAGCACCCUUUCCGAGACCUAAUGAUGUUGCUCAAGGCUACGGGAACAAAGUCGCCUCUGCAGCGGGCACCAAGACUUUAGCUACAGCUUCGCCUGGUAGCCAAGCACAAUCCCAGACUGUAGUUGUGUCCAGGGGAACAAAUGGAAAUGUAACUGUCGUUGAUAAGAGUGGCGUAAAAAAAGUGUACGACAGAAGUAGCUAUGUGCAGCCGCGGUACUUCAGUCGGUACUCUACAGCGGGUAAGGACGAUCAGAAAUCCAGCCCUAACGACCUAAGAGGAGAUACUUUCGUAACGGUCACGAAAAGCGAAACGGGGCAGUUGAAAGGCAAGACGGCGGAAAGUGAUGCUGCGAAUAAAUAUGCUCAUACUUACUACACCAAGUCCUCGACCUGCGGGUACUUCACUUUCACGUGUUCCAUCAUCAACGGGUCGAACGGCCGGACAAAGAUCUGCAAGCCCAACCAUGUUAUCAAUAAUGAUGGACCUCCUUGUAAAUAAUCGCAUUUCACUUAAUUGUAAAUAACCUAAGCAUGAACGUGACAUAAGAUAGUGCUUCGGAGUGGCUAUAUUUUAGCCGUAGAGUGCUAUGGAGUCGCAAAGUGCUGGAACGCAAAUAAUGUCGAUCCUAGAACGAUACAUUUCUGGCCUCUCGUUUGCCAAAAAUCGGGGACCAUACGACAUUUUUAACACUGCGCACAGUGUAUCGAGUCAAAUCAGAGAGGUUGGACGUAUACUUUUUGACUAAAACUGCAAAUUUUGAUGUUUAUUUCGUCACAUUUUAAAUUUUCAGGGGUGUUUGUAGAAGAUUAUUUUACGAUGAAACCAAUUGAACCACUUUCAAAACCCCAACAUUUUGUAUAAACGGUGUUAUGAGCUUUUAAAGUUUGCAAAUUUUGUCCGAUCUCUCCUAUUGACUCGAUUCACUGUGCGGCCGCUACUUGAAGAAUCGCGGGCCGUUCUUGAGAUGUAUCAAUUUAAGUAGAUAAUCAUUUCCGCGAAUUUUGGAACAACGUGUUGACCAAGUCGUACGAAAUUUUGAAAAUGGACGAAACUCCUGGUUUUUAUUAAAUACAAUUUUGUUAGAUACAUUCAUUUCCUGAGCGAAGAGCGGAGCUGGGACCUUGCGCAUACAACAUUGCCAGUCGCCGCACACUACUCUCAGGAGUACUGGACAAAACAGUCUCAAAAGUGACACCAUUGGCUAUCCAGCACGUUGCGACUCUAUAAUUUUAGGUCCUAAAAUGUAGUUAUUUCCUAAAAGUUAGGGAAAAAAUGAAAAUUAAACAUUUAUAGUCCUCUUCGUACAGUUUGCACCAUGUGCGUAUCAAGGUAAGGAUAACUACCCAGUUUGGUCGUUUUGUUCUUUAUCGCUCCUUAAAAUCUGUGGCUUCACCAAAUGUCCUGAAAGUGAUUACCGAUAUAUUUUAGGUAUAUAUGACCUAUUAGCAAGAUUUCUCCUUUUUUGUUGAGGGCUUAAAAAUGAUCAAGGAGUAGGUUUAAGUCGAUGAAGGGGUCUUGCAACCCUUUUCCUGCUCAAUCUUUCUCUUUUUUGUUUCUCUCUUCCAAUUAUUUGGGACCAGAAUUUGUUGUAGUGCAUUAAACGAGCAUAGCGGUAACCUUUCUCAUCAAUCUUGACAUUAUUUUGCUAAAAGCUGACGCUAAUUUUUCAGAAAUAAAUUAAAUAUAUUUUUUACUACAAAUUUCCCUUUAAACAUGGUCGAUAUGAAAUGCACCUGAAAAUCUUGACUGAAGUUCAAUGAAUUAUUGGUUUUUACUUCCAGGACAUCUUAAAGUUUUUUGCGUAUUAUAGUAAGUAGAUUUUAACGGAUGGAAUCUGAAACCCAUGUUUUCGUGAGACCAGCGACUUCAUUUUUAACUAUGGGUAAAAUGAGUGAAGUAUCCUCUGCGAAUAAAUUGAAAAAUGCCUUGAGGUACAGACCAUAUUUUAGACGCUUAGUGAUGGCAAUCGGUGUGGAAAUUUCAGUUGAUUGCAUGUCUACUCUUCAAAUAUAAACGCAACUCAUAGGAAGAGCACGAUUCUACAUUAAAUACUGAUUUUCUCAUUUCAAGUCUCUUGAAACCAGUGAAGUGGCGCACAUGUAAGUAAAUCAUAGUUUACUUCAUCGGUACAAUUGCGACACUGAAAUUAAGCAGAGGUGUAUGAGAGACAGCGUUAGCACUCUCAGUAAGUAUUGCAUGCGAUGAACACUUAACGAAUUUCAUUAUAACUCCUGCAGCCUGUUUGUUGAAAUUUUUUGUUUGUCUGGUCGACAUAGAUGACAUAGGUUAA